UCGAAGUCAUUAGAUAGACAUCUGUGCUCGAGGAGGACACCGCAAAAAGAUAGAGAUUGUGAAAUACGUUUCAAGGAUUCUACCUAACUUUGUUGCACAAGAGGCAACGCCGCUAGAAAUAUACCAUGAAAGAAGUGAAAACUCAGAGAGAUUGGCAUGACAUCGCCUUUCGCUUAUCAGCUCUUUGUGGAGGAUUUGAAAAAUACGACAUCGUGGAAGAUACAGGCUUUAGUGCUAAGAAUAGAAGAAAAUCUUCCCAAGAAAGACCAAAUGACCAAGACUUAAUCAGGAGAGGCUCUCUUCCCCAAGCACGUAAGAAAGGAACUCAGGCUCCACUCCAAGACUCACGCAUUUCCCUCACCAAAAGAAGUUUUAGUGACGGGGUAGUAGUUGUAGAGAAGAACACGGAUUUUUCAACAAGAAAAAUCGACAGAUCGCCCAAAUCACAUUCACUGGACUUAGACGUCUCGUCUUUCGACUUCAGCGAGCUCAGGAGCUCAAGUUUAUGCUCUACGGAGUUAUAGACAGUACAUAAACAUUUUACAAGGCCGCUCACAAGGCAGCUUGGCUCGGGACGAAAAAAAACACUGAACCAAAUGAAAGCUUUCACCUAUUUAUGUUUGCGUAUAUUGUUUAUUUGUAUAUAUGAAAUCAAGAUGUUAAAAUUUCAAGGCCAAAAUUAUGUACCAUUUUAGAAGUGAAGGCUAAGGUCCUUAGCUAAAAAAAGCUCUAGAAUAAUAACUUAUUAUCUAUUGUAGCCGGCCAGACUACAAGUCCUACAAAUUAAAAGUCAAGUAUCAAAGUAUUGAA